AUGGGCUCGCAGACCGUCACUCCGGAUAAAAAGUCAGAAGAAACUCAGAAUGACCUUGCUAAUAAAGCGCUCGAGACGGCUUCGUCGCUCAUGGGACUCCAGGUGCUCUCGCGACUUGUUACAUUUGCGCUUAAUCAGGCCCUAGUCCGACUGGCUACUCCCGCCGUUUAUGGCACCGUAUCAAUACAACUCGAGCUUUUACUCAACACUAUCUUGUUCCUUAGUAGAGAAGGGUUUAGAAAUGCCCUUCUGAGAGCAGAUGCAGACGGAAACGCUCAAAAGGAACAAUCCCUACAUGUAUCAAAUAUAGCACUCUUGCCGGUCUACUUCGGGAUCCUCGUCUCGUCCCUAACUUCGACUCUCUACUUCUAUUCUGCGUCCGAAGCAACUGCUGAGCAACCGUAUUUUCAUGCCACUGUUAUUCUGUAUACGUGUGCGGCUGUUUUGGAAUUGCUAAGCGAGCCCAUGCACAUAAGGGCUGUCCAGCAGCUAAAUUCUGCGGUGCGCGUCCGCGCAGAGGGCUCCGCAAUCAUACUCAAGAGCGUUGUAACGGUCACCAUUCUCUUAAUCGAUUCGUCGUCCAAGAACUCGGGACGCUUUGCUUUAUUAGCGUUUGCGUUCGGCCAGCUUUCUUUCUCAAUAGCUUUGCUUCUUGUCUAUGUCCCUAAGGUCGGAAAAUCAGUAUCACUCAUCCUCCGGGCUCCAAGGAGCACAAGGCCUGCAUGGCUGACAUCCAAAGUGCAGCACUAUUUUGAUGAGAGAUUACUGGAAGUAUCUUUGGCCAUGACCGCACAAGGUUUCCUGAAGCACAUUCUGACUGAGGGCGACAAGAUAAUUAUAUCGCGAAUCAGCCCUCUGAAAGAUCAAGGCGGGUAUGCUGUAGCAAAUAACUAUGGCGCCCUAAUUGCACGCAUCUUCUUCCAGCCAAUUGAAGAGACAUCCCGCCUCUUCUUUUCGAAGUCCCUUUCGUUAGGGCAUGCUGGAACUCCUGAUAUAGCCUCUCUUCGGACUUCACUCGCACGCCUUGGAUCGCUAUUACUAUUUUACAGCCAUUUCAGUCUUUUUUUAUUGAGUCUCGCCCCACCGUAUCUGACAAUGGUGCUAUCCGUAAUACUUCCGCCAAGGCAAGUUUUUAGGUACUUGGCCACGAGUGCACCUGCCGUGUUAUCUGUUUGGGUGUGGUAUAUUCCUGUGCUCGCGAUAAACGGCAUCCUCGAGGCCUUCGUUUCUAGUGUUGCAACACCAAAGGCCCUGGCCAGGCAGUCCCAAUGGAUGGCUGGUGGUUCCGCGGCAUACAUCCUACUCACAAUUGGCCUGUACCGUUUCGGGGGACUUGGCGAUACGGCCGUCGUAUACGCGAACAUUGCAAAUUUGAGUGCUCGGAUUCUUUACUGCACACAGUUCAUCUCUACACUGGUUCAUAAACGCCCAUACUCGGAGAACGCUAUCAAAAUGUUAUCCUGGAAGGAUGUGCUUCCUCCGUUUUCCGUCAUGUUCGCGUUCGCAGUCGCAGGGGUCGUCACGCGUCUGACUGCCCGAUUGUCCGGGGUCGAGGAUAUCGCAAAGUCCGCGGGACGGGGUGUCCUCAAGUCAAAGCCAUGCAUUCUCCACCUGGGUGUUGGUGCAUCAUGUGGACUUGUCUUGCUCGCAGUAUGGUAG